UUAACGUUUAUGUGUGUGUGACGAAAAUGGUGUCCUUUUACCAGCUGUCGUUCAUUUUGUAUUGAUAAAAAUCAACACUAUUGUUGACUAAUUCUUUCUUAUUGUACGCUAUGGCGUCUGUACUCGAUUUAGUAAAACAUUAUCAACAUGCCAUAGAAAAAUAUCCAAACGAUGAGCAGAAAGUUCUGAAGUCGAUCGACAAACUGUUCGGGCUGGGAGUGACGGUGCAGCACCUGCAGGAGACGGGUGUGGGCCGCACCGUGAACGCAUUACGCAAGGAUCCGGGCACCGUGGGACAGGCCGCGCGAGCUCUCGUCAACAAAUGGAAAUGUAUGGUCGCAUCCGAGGAAAGCGACCAGGAAGCCGAUCAAAACAAUGACACCACUAACUACAAUGGGCAUGGAAAUGGAAAAGAUAGUGAUGACACUGCUAAUCGGUCUAAUAGUAGGCACAAUGAUGACUCGGAAAGAUCAUAUAAAUCUGAUGGAUCGCGUAUAAAUGGAAAUACAAGUGGAACCAAAAGGAAAUAUCACAGCAGUGAGGAAGAAGACAGUAACACUAAAAAGUCCAAACACUCAAGCUUGAGUGAGAGUAAUAACCAGAAAAGAUCAGUUAAAGUCAAGCAGGAACCAUCCGAGAGUGAUGAUCAUCAUGACUCUGAAGAUUCACAGAGCUCAGACAGUGAGAGUGAGUUGUCAGAUUCAUCAAGCGAUGAUAGAAAUCAUAGGAAUACUAACCGAAAGAUAAAAAUAGAAUCUUCAGAAAAUCACAAAUCUGCAUCAACAAAACAUUCUUUGCACAGCCAUAAUGUGGAACCUAAAAAAGAAACAUCAAAAAAGUCUUCUGAUAAUGACAGACAUUCUAAAAGUCAUAGUUCUGACUCAAGACAUUCAUCUAGUAAAACCUCGUCUAGUGAGAAGUCACAGAGCUCACAUAAAAAUACUAAAUCCAUGGACAAGGAAAGUAGUUCAGAGAAGAAACACAAAUCUGAUCAUAGUGUUGAAAAAGAUAAGAAAAGGGAAGACAUCAAUUCAUCUAGUAAACAUAAGACUUCCUCUGAGAAACCUAGGAGUUCUUCUGAAAAGCAUAGUCAUUCUUCUGAAAAACAAAGAAGUUCCUCUGAAAGCUACAAGUCCAGCUCACAAAAAGAUAAGUCUGAUAGAAGUAAAGAAAAACAUGACAAGAAUGAGAAGCGUGAAAGUAAAUCUGAAAAACACUCCAGCCAGUCUCAUAAGUCAGACAAAGAGAAACAUAACUCAAGCAAGAGUUCUUCUGAUAAAGAAAUGCAAAAACAUAAGUCAAGAGAAAAUAGUAGUAGUUCUAAGGAAAAGCAUAGUUUGUCUAGCAUUGAAAAAAGUAAAGAUAAGAGUAGUUCUUCUAAAGAAAAAUCAAGUCAUAGCCAUAAGAGUGAGAAAAAGUCAUCACAUGAGAGUAAAUCCAAGAAUGACAGCAAAGAUAAAAACAAGGUUGAUGACAGGAGUAGUGAAAAAAAGUCUAAACAUAAUUCAAGUUCCUCUUCGUCUCACAAAAGUGAGAAGUCAAGCAGUAAAGUGGCUGUACCAAAGACAAAACCACAAAUAAACAAUAUUGUGGAUAGUGAUGAUGGUAUUGAUUGUGGAUCAGGUGCCAGUUUUGCUGAAGCCUUGGGCAUGGCUAGUCCUGUGAAGCCAAAAAAGAAAACAGUUUCUUUAAAAGAAAUUUCUUCACCCAACACAUUUAAUAAUGAUCUAAGCCCAGCGACGUUGCUCGCGCCGAGCGCGAAGCUGGCGCCGCUGCCGUCGCUGGAGAUCUCCGCGCUGCCCGAGAUCUCGCCCAACUACCGGCCGCGCCCGCCCCCCCGCCUCAUGCCGCACUUCACCGACGAAGACGCUAUGAGCCAAGUCAUAUCUUUAAAGAACCAAAGAACGAAAGUGUACUCCGGAAACAAGGUUAUAGGAAAAAUUCCCACACUUUACGAGCUGUGCGUCCAUGUCCUCCAAGAGCACAUAGAUGCACUCGAGUUCACCGGAGGCGUGCCAUACGAGAUACUGAAGCCCAUCGUCGACAAAGCCACACCGCAGCAGCUGUUCAUGCUGGAGUACCACAACCCCUACCUCACCGAGGACACCGACCAUUUGUGGAAGGCUUUCUGUGAGAAACACUUCCGUAACAAGAAAAGACAAGAGAUGGAAGCGUGGAGAGAGAUGUACAUGAGAUGCCAAGAGGAGCAGGAAGAUAAACUCAAGUCUCUAACGGCCAAUAUCAGAAUGACUCAAGAAGCCAAGAAGGCGCCCAUCAAGCAAACCAAGAUGGCGUAUGUGGAUUCUGUAGUGAAACCGCCACGCAACAUUGCCAGGAAACAGGCGCAGCACGGCACGGCGCUGCUGGCGUCGGCGAGCCCGGCGGCGCGCGUGGCGGCGCUGGCGGCGGCGCCCAACGUGCUGCGCGGCGGCGCGCGCGCCGGGCCGGCGCCCGUGCUGCCGGCCGGCGGCGCGGCGCUCAAGCCCAAGAAGGCGCCGCUCAUGGCCAAGGCGCUGCAGUUCAUGCGCGGCCGCAAGCGAUGAGCGCGCCCCGACCCGGGGGACUCCGUGCUCGAUUGUGCUACCGGCCGGGGGCCGAUCGACUUUUCUUUUGGCGCUUCGCCGCGGUUCGUUCUUAAAACUGUAAUUUUGUAGGGUUCGUCUUCGGCAAAAUAUAGUAAAAUCCGCUUAAACUGACCCUCGUGAUAAGCGAAUUCGACCGGUCCCUGUGACUUGUUUUAUUACAUGUUUACUCUUUCCCGCUUAAAACGCACAUUUUAAGCGGGUUGUACUAUGUGUGAAUUGAUGUUAUUUUUUCAAGCAUAUUAUUUAUGGACUUUCUCCGACGUUUCGGAUUUUUUCUUUCGGCAUUCAUUUGUGAAAAUCAUUUGCAUCGCUGUGAACCAAAGAGUCAUUUAUUGUAUAGCAUGUAUAAAGGUCUAAGUCUAAGACCAUUUCGCGCUUCGAAUGUUACUACUUAUGUAGAUGGCACAUACAUCCCCGUACAUUUUACACGGUGACUAAAAUAAUAAGUGCAUUCCCGUUGCCAGGGAGGUUUUGAGAUUAUACUGAGCACCUUUUACUAUGGGGCCAACCCCGAAAUCGCGAAAAAAAAUUUGGCUGGUUCAUACAUUUUGGCUGGUCCAUUUUCUAUGGGAGAGUAAAUUUUUUUUUGGCUAUUUCGUGGUUGGUCCAAUAGUAAAAGUUGCUCAGUAUAAUCCCAAAACUUCCCUAGCAACGGGAAUGCACCUUUUUUUUAGCCACUGUGUGGUAAGUAUAGUAACUAUGAUUUUCAAUAGUAAACGAUUCAAUUAGGCACCACAAAACAUAUGGCGCCGUACAAUGGCCUCUUAUUCAGCCGUCAAAUUUGGGGCAUGAUUUGUUCUUAGACUUUACACAACUUAUGCAAGCAAUGAAACUUUGCAAUCGAUUUUCUCUUUGCUGUGAAUAAAAAUGACCUCAAAUAUAGUAGAAUGCUAUUUUCCUACGAAUCUAAAACUACUCUUAAACUAGCCCACGGCGACCAUCCCGAUUCAAAAAAAUAAAUAAAAGAUGUAUGAUAGCUAGUAUAUACAAGUUUUGCCCAUUUUAACCCUUUCGCCGCCAACAACUCGAACUCUCGUUCAUCGAUGUUGCAACCCACCUGCCAGCAACUGCAUACGCAGUUGAAAGCUUACGACAUAAAACUUGCGUGGCGUGAGGGUGCCACAUCGCUUUUAUUUCCUUGGCGGCGAAACGGUUAAGUAUACUUGCAUUUUGGAUGAGCCACCGCCAGAUUGUUGUACACCCAAUGCAACAUAAAAUAUAUAUUUUUUUGUUAUUGGCAACUCUUACCCUGACAUCACCUUUGCAGAAUAUACUGCUGAA